AGACUUCCCACGGUAGCAGAAGCCCUGUUUUUUUUGCCUUUGCAGAAACUUUAUUGCCUUUUGCAGAAUUACAAAACGGGCAAUUCCUGACGAGAGAGAGCGAGAGUGCUGCUGGCGUUUGUUUUGGGCUGUUUGCCACAUGUGGCACCAAUACAAGACCUGAGAGCAGGAGCGAGACGGAACGAGAUAGAACAAGCGAAGGAGCGAGCAAGACCAACAGAGACAAGGGUGAGCAAAGAUAAGGUAAUGAAAGAGAGAGAUGUGGGGUAUGGCAGACGGAGAGAAAAAGAGAGGGAGCGGAAGGGAGAGAGGAUGAUGGAAGGAAACAGGGAUUUAGACGAAGACGGGGGGAACGUGGUUCUUUCUCGCAACUAGGUGCAAGACGGGAGGGAACGAGAGAGAAGAGAAGGAAGAGAAAGAAGGAGGGCAUGCGUGAAAUGGCACAAAAGAACAAGUGUAAUGAGAGAGAGAGAGAGAGAGAGAGAGAGGCAGUAGCAGAAGUGGGGGAAAGAGAAGGAAGGGGAAGAGGAAGGGAGAGGUAGAUUAUUGAGAGGGAAAUAAGAUAUUUGGGGGAGGGAAAAAGGGAGAGGGAAUGUUGUAGAAAGUGUUGUACAAAUCUAUGAGUGAACGGGGAGUUGAAGGCGUGAACAGUAAGUGUGAGAGACAGCAAGGGAGACAGAAAGGGGAGAAGGUACUAAGUCAAAGAAACAAGAAGGGAGAGAGCUGAACUAUAAAGUCUUUCCUCCUCUCACUUUCUUGCUCUCUCUCUCUCUCUCUCUCUCUCUCUCUCGCUCACACACGAACAUACACAUGAGAAAACGCUUGGAAAGGGAAACGACAGCCUGAAUACUGAAUGAAGGAAGGAAGCUAAAUUAGGCUGAGCAACAAGCCUGGAACACACACGCACACACACACACACACACAAACGCACACUGUGGGACCUUCAUUCUCCAGACUGAGAGAUUGUGAGACAUUUGGAACGACUGGCAGGGAGACCUGCUAGCAGACACUAAGGCAAGGAGGUAGUCAGACAGGAAAACAGACAGUCAGACAGCCAGACAGACAGGCAGUGAGACAGAAAGCCAUUCAAUGAGGCAGACAAAACAGACAGGAAGUGAGACAGACAGACAGGCUGCCAGACAGACAGACAGUCAGGCAGGAAGCGAUAGAGGGAGGCUGAGAAAGACAGACAGGUGUACGGACGUGAUGCCGUACGCAGACACAGACAGGCAGGCAAGCAGCAUGGAGCGUGCGAGGGCGGCCGAGGGGAGGCAGCAGCAGCAGCAGAACGGAGAGAGAGAAAGCGGAGCCCAGAGCAGCAGCAGCCGCUCUGACUCCAGCAGUCACAACCAGGAGCUUGAAACAAGAGCCAGGCAGCUCCAGCACCCAGGAAAACAUAACAAGAGCCAGGCAGCUCCAGCACCCAGGAACACAUAACAAGAGGCAGGCAGCUCCAGCACCCAGGAACACAUAACAAGAGGCAGGCAGCUCCAGCACCCAGGAACACAUAACAAGAGGCAGGCAGCUCCAGCACCCAGGAACACAUAACAAGAGGCAGGCAGCUCCAGCACCCAGGAACACAUAACAAGAGGCAGGGAGCUCCAGCACCCAGGAACACAUAACAGGAGGCAGGCAGCUCCAGCACCCAGGAACACAUAACAAGAGGCAGGCAGCUCCAGGACCCAGUGGCCAGCCCCCAUCCACUCUCCCUUGUUUUUAAUGAGAGUGUAAGAGAGAGAGCACCAGUGGGAGAGAGAGAGCGGCUUGCUUGGUUCAUGCUCUGAGGACAGAGAGAGAGAGAGAGAGAGAGAGAGAGAGAGAGAGAGUGUUGUGCGAGGUUAAGUGAGUGAGGCUUCUCCUUGCUGGAGGGAGUCGUGCACCAGUUAGAGCAGCGCGCACGGCUCAGAGGAGGUCACCGCUCCUUCUCUCCUUGGAUUUAAUUACUUUAAUUCUGCCCCGGAGGAGGAGGAGGAGGAGGAGGAGAGACUUGCUCUGCCGUGUCAAAUUGUUCAGUCCCAGCAUCUGGAGACAGAGAGUGGCCGACACCUGGAGCUGUCGUCGCCGCGUCAGGAUUUUUAUUGAAUUAUGGGAUGCCGUUGCCGAGAUGACAAACAGCCAACGCGUGGAUAUUAAUGAACUUCUUUGAGGUGGGUUUGUUGCUUCCGCACGCUGGAUUACAAACUGUUGGACUUCAGUUCCAGGGUCUUUUUUUUUUUCUCCUCCUCACUGGAAACAAAGCUCAGGACUUGUCUCCCAGCUCGCCUCCGGAACUGAGAAACGGAUCAAAAGUCAAAACCGAAAGAACCGACUCCAGAACUCCAGCCUGACGUAAAGGGUGGCAAGGCUGUGUCAUUUAAUUCGAUAAGGGACUAAAGAGUUGAACCUUCUCCGCCUCAUCGUCUCCCUGUCAGCAGGCCAUCACGCCACAGCAGGAGCAGAUGACGGCUCCUUUCCCCCCGGCUCCGUUAACUCUGCGCUGAGCCGGCCCGAGGGCUGGGGACUCCCGGGGGUACAUGCUCUUCAAGAGACCGCCCGCUCCGUUUAAAGGAUUAGUUCAGGGAGAGGUUUGUUCGUUUGAGGUGUUCCGCUCCGGGCCUCCCUUGUCCACUAAUAUCCUUUUUUUUUUUUUUUCGGGGAGAGAUCCAACAAACCCAACACUCAAAGCAUUCUUUUAUCCAUCUGGGGUCAAAGAGCAGUUGGUCAGUACCGGACACCUUGUGUUUUGGAAGGAUAGCCAGACAGGACAAAGAGGAGAAGAGCGAUGGUGUUGACCCCCAGGCACUGAAUCAAGACAGCCUUUGCAGCUGCUGCAAGCUAUUAUGAUACAGGGGAGCCGACACUCACAGCAGGGGAACUGAGAGAGCGUUUACGUGACUUCUGAGGAUUUCUUUCAAGUUGAACCUUUAAGGCUUAUUAAGUCGUGACUUAACCGCCCAACUUCGCAGUCGACCACCGCGGCCAACUCACUGACAAAAGAGCCCUCAAACGUGUGCGUGUGUGUGCGUUCCUGCAUGUGUGUGUGUGUGUGUGUGUGUUUGUCUGCGUUCCUGUGUGUGUGUGUCUGUGUGUUUGCGUUCCUGCGUGUGUAUGUGUCUGAGAUAGUGUUCAGCUUUUAGGGUUCAGAGAUUGUUUAACAGGAAUUCACCAGCCGACAGCUUUAGAGGCAGAUAAUAAUGGCCAGAUAACAACUGUUUUGUUUUGUUUUGACAACCCUCAUAUAUUAUCGUAGCUAUAGCUUGGCCAUGAAAAGCAUGAACAUAAGGAAUGGAUGAUUCGCACCGGUCUAGUCUGGAGCGGAAGACGGAGCAAAGGUCACUGAUUGAGUGCUUGAGAAGUGACACUAAAUAUUUCACAUAAACCAUCAUCGGAUGCAUGUGCAAUAGAGUAUUAAUGAUUGUGAUGAGAAGGUGCUUAUGGGUUUAGAGGUACUUCAGGCCCGGGAUGCUAAAACUUGAAGCUACCCAACUGGAAUGCUAAUUACCUAGCUUUAGUAUAAGAGUGUUUUUCAUGAGCUGCUCUUUUAAAAGCCCUCACCCGUGCUGGAAUGCCGUAAACCGCCACAACAAUUAUUUCCAAAAUAACGAUUUAAUGGAUAUGAUCGUACGGGUUCUGUGCCCUCAUAUUUGACCUUAAUUAGUUUUCCUCCCAUCAUUUGCAGCUCCGGUAGAACCAGUGAUUAUUGUUAGUCAUUGUUUCCUCUAGAUUUGAUCAGACUGCACAUGAUUAUGUAUUAUUACCGAGUGCGACGGUUCCCAGAGCAGGAUAGCUGGGAUUAAUCGGGGCGUUCAAAGUAGCCCCAAAACCGAAACAUCCCAGAGAAGGCGGGAUCCAGCCAGCCAGCCGUCCCUCGGGACUCUGAGGGGGAACAGGAGGCCAGCGGAGGGUGUGUGAGCGUGGAUACAAAUGUGUGUGUUUCGUGCAACUUGCAACUGUCCACUGUCCUUAGAGUAACUCUGCUUCACAUCUGCCGGUGCAUCUUUCCAGGCUGCUGUGUGUGCGUGUGUGUGUGUGUGUAUGUGUGUGCGCGCAUUUGUGCGUGUGUGACAUAUGCAGUGGACUGCCGCCAAUAAAGCACACUAGCUCGCCCCCACUCUCAGUCACACUGCCCUGCGGUCCCACAGUCCUCGCAGUGUGUCCGUGCUGCCGGUGCCGGUGGGCUUCAUCAACGCCCCCCUGAGAUGCUUUGGCCGGAGUGGAACCCUACAGUGGGACCCCAAGGAAAACCGGAGCCCGGGAUCAGCAGACCCCAUCUAUUUGCGUCUUUGAGUUCUGGAGACGGCCCUGCGGACGAGCGGACCUGAAGAAGCUGCGACAGGUGUGUGUGUGCGUGUGUGUGUGUGUGUGACCUCCAGCAUGGCGUCCCCCUGUUCCCAGCGGUUCCUAUGGCGUUCCCCGCGGGCCUCCGUGCCGGGUCAGACCACCUCGUAGACUCUCUCCGGGGACGACUCUGCUCCGCUUCCAGCCCCCUGUCCGACAUGCUGCCCGGAGGCGGCGGUGGCGGUGGCGGUGGGGAAGGGGGCCGCUGGGCCGGCCUGUGCCUGCUCCGCUGGCUGGGCGUCAGGCUGUGGUCCCGUCGGGGGACCCUGCUCUUCGCCUUGCUGUGGUUCGGCUCCUGGGUCUUCCUGAACGGCCUGGUGCUGGUGCACCGCAGCAUCCUGUCCGACUACUGCACCGACGACAAGAGCAAGAGGAUCCUGCAGCGGCUGUGUGUGGACUAUGCUGAUGGUGUGGUGACAGGAGACAUGUGUGCAGACCUGUGUGUGCGUGAGCUGGUGCAGUACAAGGGCUGCCUGUACUACGACAACGGCAAGAAGGUGAUGGAGGCGCGCUGGAAGGAGCUGCCCGUCAUCCUCAAGUCCAAGCUGGAGAACUUCUCCUCCUACGAGCCCCUGGCCAUCCUCGACUACCAGGAGACAACAGACGAUCUCUCUCCUCUGGACGUGGUGUUUUACGCCACUUUAGAAGUGCGUAACUCGCUGGGCCUGGUGGCGGACGAGGAGGGGGAGGUGGAGGGCGCCCCCGGUGGCGGGGAGAGGAACAGCUCCCUGGCCAGGCUGUGGGGCCACAGGCUGAGGAGCCGGGACAAGCCGUACUCCAGGGCGGAGCUGGCCUCCCUCUGGGCCCUGCUGCAGCAGGAGGAAUACACCUUCCUCAGAGUGCUCCAGGACCUCAGCAGCCACGUGGCCAGGGUCCUGGGCUCCUGCGGCCACUUCUACGCCGUGGAGUUCCUGUCGGCCGGACACGCCUGGGACCAGAACCUCUUCUCCCUGGACCAGGCGUCGGCCCCCGGGCCACCGGGCCCCGCCGGCCCCAUGACCAGCAGGGACAAGGUCCACCGCAUCGCCCUCAGCUUCCUGGACAUGAUCUGGCACUUUGACAACGACUUCACACACCGGCUUCACCUCUGCGACAUCAAGCCCGAGAACUUUGCCAUCCGGAAGGACUUGACGGUGGUUGCCAUCGACGUGGACAUGGCCUUCUUCGAGCCCAAGAUGCGAGACAUCUUGGACCAGAACUGCACCAGCGACGACGACUGCAACUUCUUCGACUGUGUGUCGCGCUGCAACAAACACAAGCACCGGUGCAGCCCUCGACGCAGCAACAGCAACCUGCAGGUGAUCUGUGAGAAGAUCUUCCGCUCCUGGUUCUCCCCCACCCUCCUCGGGGUCAAGGCCGGGCUGCCUCUGCAGGUGGAGCUGCAGAGGGCCGUGCAGGACUGUACCGAGAUGCUGGGGGAGGAGGAGGACGAGGACGAGGACGAGGAAGAGGAGGAGGACGGCACCGGGGAGGAGGGGAAAGGGGAGCAGCGGAGCGGGAACAUCCAUCAGCACCUCGUCACACUGCUGACACGCCUCCUCAAUGAGGGAGGGGCUUCCAGUGAAGUGGGCGGGGCACGGGAAGGGCAAGGCCACGCCCACACGUCGUUGAACUUUUGAGGAAUCCGGGGAAAGUGUACCUCGAAAAAGAACAACUGGGUUCUUAGAAGUAACUGUUGUCCCUGAGGACAUUCCCGCACGGAGCGAGCUGAUCCUCAAGAACUUUAUUUUGACUGAAUUGGGCAGUUGGGCACAAGAACUUGGAUUCGCCAACUGACACAAGAUCGUGGCUUGGCGUACAUUCAUCUCUUAUUUACUGAAAUAUGAAUAAAAACCCUAAAGCCAAAUGACAGCAGGACAAAGACAAAAUGGCGCCCUGCACUUUAGUAGUGGAUGUGUUGGUUUGGGCUGCAGAGAUGGCGUGCAUGUCCUGGAAAACACACUGUGAAAGAACCUCACAAGCCAUCAACUCUGCUUAGCAGUUACAACUUGUGGAUACUCUCUGCUCCUUUUUUUUUCUUAGACAAAUCUGCAUUGCUACCGAAAAGCAAUGUAUACAUGAAAGUUAAGCAAAAAUAACAAAAUAAAGUGUUAUCUUUAUUGCUUCCUAAAGGCUGCUUAAAAUUUUCCAAAAGGCAAAUCAAUGUAUGAAAAUGAAGCAUAAAUAACAAUACAAAUGAUCUUCAGCCGAAUGUUUUGUGAGAAGUUGAAUUGUCUAGUAUUCCAUCCUUAGGAUAGGAAGAGGAAUAUGACAACGCUUCAAUUAAUCCAAAAAUAAACAAAACAAAUUCAGUGCUACA